AUGGAUGCAGGAAGGAAACGUGCUCUUGGCAUCAUGUUCUCACUUGGAAUUCUGGCUAUUGGAGGAACAAUUGCCAGACAAAUCACAAACGCUGUAGCUAUAACCAAUGUCGAUGACUUUACAUGGCACUGGGCACCAACAGCACUCUCCUCCAUACUCGAAUCAAGCCUCGGCAUAAUCUUCGUCUGCGUACCUGCAUUGGCGCCACUCUUCAAGACAUGGGUUGGGGGAUCGUCAGCUGGCAAGCACACCGUUACCUCAAACUUUCCUUCGGAUCGACCAGGUACAUUCGGAAACCUUGGCAACAGGUUGAGACUCGUACCGGAGGAUGACAGCAUACUUUGCUUAACACAAGUCACGACUACAGAUGCGAAAGGUCAAGGUGAUGAGGAAGGCUAUGAGAUGGAUCUUGUAGGGGAAUACUCAAAUGAUGGAGGAAGCGAAAGGAGGAUCAUAACUCCACCAGACUGCGACAAUAUCAAGCGCCAGAGUAAGUCAAGUCGGAAGAGUCUGGGGAAGAAAGGAGUAUGGGUGGAUGUGGAGUACCACGUCGACAGGUCAAGCAGAUGA